AGUCAACGCUGGGCCUUCCAGGACGCCAGCGACUAUGGUAAACAGAUCCGGAGCGCGUGUCAGGCGCUCGCGCUGGUGCGUACGCGCGGAGGGGCGCGAAGGUGACCGAGGUCCCAGCUUACUGCCGCCGGGUCCUCUCGUACCGUGUGUUUGGGAACUCUAACUGCUUGGGCUGCAGGUUUGUCAGAACUUUGACCUCCUUAAGGGAAUCCAGCUGUUGGGUUUCACAGCCACCUCUGUGUUACCAGGACUUACCUGAGUCCCCAGCACAUAGCUCCUGGGAGUAGUUACUGACAAGCCAGGUUGUACCUGACUGUACUCUGACCUACAUUAAGAAGUACACUUUAUGCUGUAACCCAGUAGACCGAAGAGGGAGAGAGGUGGACAACACAACCAAGAGAAUCAGUUUCUGAGACAGGCUUGGUUGGCUGAGUCCCAGGUGAAGUAACUUGAGAAGUGGUGAGCACAAGACAAUACGGACUCAACAGUUGUUCAUUCUGCUCAGUGCUGUGGAGAAUUGGGAGUCACUGGAGUCUACCUUGAGCCCUAGGCCCUUUCUUUUCCCUCAGUCAGCCCUUUAUCAGAAAUGAAAAUCAAUGAAAAAAACCACAUAGCCAGCUGCCUUCUGCCCAGAGUUGGGUGUAGAGCUGGUCAGUGUGGUGUACCCUGUGUGAGGCACACACCUGUAAUACUGAGGCAGGAGGAUGCUCUGAAGGAUGGCUGCCAUAUUGGGGGAUGCCAUCAUGGUUGCCAAAGGCCUUGCCAAGCUGACCCAGGCGGCCAUGGAAACCCACCUGCAGCACUUGGGCCUUGGUGGGGAGCUUAUCAUGGCAGCCAGGGCCCUGCAGUCCACAGCCGUGGAGCAGAUCAGCAUGGUCUUGGGAAAGGUGCAGGGACAGGAUAAGCAUGGAGAGUCUGAGGCCACCGAGAACUUUGACGACCUGGAAGCAGAGGUCCACUUCUCACAGGAAGCUGGAUCCACUGUAGACUUCUCUGCAACCUCUACCCCUGACCAGUCACUCUCUCCUCCUCUGGGUCAUGCCCACAGCAAGGGCCCAGCUCCUGCCUAUGUUGCCAGUGGACCCUUUAAGGAAACUGGGCUCCCAGGCCAGGUGGCCUCUCCUCUGGGCAGAGUUAAUGGGAGGCUCUUUGCAGAACCCAGAGACUUAUUCUCUGGUCCUGGCUUCCAGCGAAGGUUCUUCCACCAGGACCAGUCCCCAGUAGGGGGCCUCACAGCUGAGGACAUCGAGAAGGCCCGACAGGCCAAGGGUCGCCCUGAGAGCAAGCCACACAAGCAGAUGCUCAGUGAGCGGGCUCGGGAGCGGAAGGUGCCAGUUACACGAAUUGGGCGGCUGGCAAACUUUGGAGGUCUGGCUGUGGGCCUGGGCUUUGGGGCACUGGCCGAGGUUGCCAAGAAGAGUCUGCGCCCUGAGAACCCCUCAGGAAAGAAGGCUGUGCUGGAUUCCAGCCCCUUCCUGUCAGAAGCGAACGCGGAGCGCAUUGUGAGCACGCUGUGCAAGGUGCGCGGGGCAGCGUUGAAGCUGGGCCAGAUGCUGAGCAUCCAGGAUGAUGCCUUCAUCAACCCCCAUCUGGCCAGGAUCUUCGAGCGAGUGCGGCAAAGUGCUGACUUCAUGCCACUGAAGCAGAUGACUAAAACUCUCAACAAUGAUCUGGGCCCCAGCUGGAGGGACAAGCUGGAGUACUUUGAGGAACGGCCCUUUGCAGCUGCCUCCAUUGGACAGGUGCACUUGGCCCGCAUGAAGGGUGGCCGUGAGGUGGCCAUGAAGAUCCAGUACCCUGGUGUGGCCCAGAGCAUCAACAGUGACGUCAGCAACCUCAUGGCUGUGCUGAACAUGAGCAACAUGCUUCCAGAAGGCCUGUUUCCUGAGCACCUGAUCGAUGUGCUGAGGAGGGAGCUGGCCCUGGAGUGUGACUACCAGCGGGAGGCCGCCUGUGCCAAGAAGUUUAGGGAGCUGCUGAAAGACCACCCCUUCUUCUAUGUGCCUGAGAUCGUGGAUGAGCUCUGCAGCCCCCACGUGCUGACCACGGAGCUGGUGUCCGGCUUUCCCCUGGACCAGGCUGAAGGACUGAGCCAGGAGGUUCGGAACGAGAUCUGCUACAACAUCCUAGUCCUGUGUCUGAGGGAGCUGUUCGAGUUCCACUUCAUGCAGACAGACCCCAACUGGUCCAACUUCUUUUAUGACCCUGAGCAGCACAAGGUGGCUCUCCUGGACUUCGGGGCAACGCGGGAAUAUGACAGAUCCUUCACUGACCUCUAUAUUCAAAUCAUCAGGGCUGCUGCCGACAGGGACAGGGAGACUGUAAAGCAGAAGUCCAUAGAGAUGAAGUUCCUCACUGGCUAUGAGGUCAAGGCCAUGGAAGAUGCCCAUUUGGAUGCCAUCCUCAUCCUAGGGGAGGCCUUUGCUUCUGAUGAGCCCUUUGAUUUUGGUACCCAGAGCACCACCGAGAAGAUCCACAACUUGAUCCCCGUCAUGCUGAAGCAUCGCCUCAUUCCCCCACCUGAGGAGACCUACUCCCUGCACAGGAAGAUGGGUGGAUCCUUCCUCAUCUGCUCCAAGCUGAAGGCCCGCUUCCCCUGCAAAGCCAUGUUUGAAGAGGCCUACAGCAACUACCGCAGGAGGCAGGCUGAGCAGUAGCCAGCUGCUCCGUCCUUGGUGGGUGGCCAGAGAGUGUGGGUGUGCUGGUGCUCUGCUCCCUUCUCUGCCCAGAGGAGAGGGUGGGUCUGAGCAGGAGGAGCUGUGGGGAGCCCCAUAGCGCUCCAGUUUCCACUGCUGGAGGUGUGUAGGCUAAGUGCAAGGAGGAAAGUGAGACCCCCCACUGUUCCAUCAGAAUCCGCUGGUCAUCUGUUCAGCCCCUCAAAUAACUAGGAAAAACGGCAAUUUUAUUUUUGCCCCUUUUCCUAAAGUGAAUGUUCAUCAGAAAAGAGGGGGUACUUCCUUCCUUCAAAUCCCUGCCACUAAAACAAAAUGAAAAACGGAAACAAGAGAAGCACUUUUGGAUUUUGUGUGUGUGUGCGUGUGUGUGUGUGUUUCUAGAUGAGAUUUGUGUUUCUGCCCAUUUUUGACUCCAGCCUGUGAUCUGUGUUGGGAGAAGUGCCACUCUGAACAGUGCCAGUGACUAAAGCCAUGCCAUCUGGGCCUGCUCUUGUUGGGCCUUACAGGGCUGGGACAACUGCAUGUUCUGGGGAACUGCUGCCACAAGGGGGAGGGCCAGGAGCAGCAGAGGGACAGAGGUGCCUGCCGUCCCCACUAGGGCCUCUGAGGAGAUGCACAGCUGCCACCCACACACCAAAAGGGUCAGCACGGCUGUUUUUUGUACAAGUCUUGUUAUUAAAUUUCAGUUCAAUUAAAAAAGUGCUUGUGAAAAGCG